AUGGUGACCCAGCGGGUGGAGAGCAGGGUGCGGGAGGCCACCGAGCUGCUGGAGCGCCGAGGGGGCAGUCGCUGUGAGGACAAGAAGCAGACGCUGCUGGCGCUGCUGGUCUUGGUGCUGUACGUGAGCACGGGGAUAUCAGGAAGAAGUUGGGAGAUGUCGGAAAGGAUCAGAGAAUGCAACUACCAGAGUCCCGUGGCUUCCCAGGGAUUUGAGUUCCAGACCAAGGAGCCCUCGAAGGAGCCGUUGAAGGCCGUCAGGACAUGGCUGAAGGAGAACCUGCAGGUGUUCUUGGAGAAGCUGGAGAAGGAGGUGCGCGAGCUGGAGCAGCUGGUGCGGGACCUGGAGGAGUGGCUCGACGUCCUGCUGGGCGAGGGGCGCCCCGAGGAGUCCUGCUCCUCCGUCAGGAGCCGGGCGUGA